AUGUCUUCAAAAGCCGCGGGAAUCGUGAUCGCCCCCGGAGCCGACAUACGUUGCGUCGUUUGCUCUAAGCUCCCAGCUGGCAGACUACGCGAAUUAGUUCUUCUUAGUCCCCGAAUCAAAGGAAGUUUAGGCCAUUCAACCGUAUCCUUCAUUACCACCGCAUGGGAAGAAAUCGUGACAGAUCCUCAAACUGACAGACCUCCCGACCUUUUAUCCGUCCGCCCUAAUCAGAACACGCGCAAAGAGGCUCCAAUCCGGCAUGGCGGCAAGUCAGAAGAAGAAACCGUGCCCCCAAAGCUAGUAAGAUUUGCCGCGCAAACCAUCGAUGACCAAAACAAGUCGAGCCCGGUCAAACAUCCCAACGAGGACCCUAGUCAAGUUGGACGUGGAAGUGGAAUCCGCACUACCGGCAGAAAGUACUAUUUGAUGAAUUUGACGGUUUCGCCCAAUUCUCCGGGAAAAGGCAGUGCUGAGAUGACUCCCAAGGGCAAAACAAGAGUUGAUGUGAUGGACGAGAGAAACUGGAAGCCUCCGGUCGAGCGUCCAUACGUUGCUCAAGAGGCCAAAGAGAUAUGGAGAGUAUAA